UUUAGCGAAGUUCCAAAUGGUUCUGUGGGAAUACGACAGAGGUGAUCUCGACAAAGACAAUACAGGAGUCACACGCAGGGCAUGGAAACUCCUCGAUGUCGUUUGUCUCAUGCUUGAGCUUGCCAAAGAUCGCUGUCAUAGUAGUCCUUCAUCCCACGUCAUACGGAACCUUGACAUGUGCACGAAGAUUUAUUCACAACUCAGGACAUCCGAAAGAAAUAAUCCUUGGGAACUGUCAAGAGCUCUGCAAAAUGCGCUGCGCUUCACGAUCACUGCUGCGCGGUUCUCUCGGCAGCCUAUCAACUUGUGGUAUAACCAUUAUUUAGAGAUAGGUGAUUCUCGUUCGCCAGAAGACUUCGACUGGCUGGUGGACUACCUCGAGUACUAUAUUUAUUCCGGUGACGAGGACACAGCAUUUGGCAUCCUUUUACUGCUGGAUAUCA